UGCCGCUGAGCGGGAGCUGAGAAGAAACGAAACCACUGGAGUGGAAUAUUUUUCGCUUAAGGAGUUCAGUAAUUCGCACGGGUAAUCGCAACAGUCGAAAUCCAAAGGCGAUCUAUUUUUUCCCCUUUGAUAAUCGAAGGAUGGCUCUUGAGAACAUUCGACUGAUGGAGACCCCGUAUCCGGACCUGGUGCUGGAUGCAGGCACUGUAGACUUUGGGGAAACGCAUAGGAAUAACAUGAAAAAUAACUCCUUGAAAAAGGCGCAGUGCAGAAAGAUAGUUAUAUCAGUAUGUGCGCUUUUAAAUUCUGGUGGUGGAAUCGUUCAUGCGAAAGUGGGGAAUAAAGAUUACAACCAGAAAAAAGAUGCAAUUGGAUUAGAUAUAGAACAAAAAGUUUACGAUUUGGUAAUAGAUCCAUCAUUCGUUGAAUUCACGCAGCAAGGUAGCACCAUGAUGAUUUUUGUGCAGUCGUGGUCCAAUAGCAUUAAUGAAGGAAGGAAUUUGCCGCGGUUGUGUUCUAUAGCAACUAAAGUUUACCGUAGGACAGGCACUCAGUGUAUUCAAUUAAGACCCCUUCAAGUGGAGGAUUUAUUUAGAAAAAAAUCCACUCCAUCCCGAAGUAGUGAUGAAGAAGAUUCAGGUUCUAGUAAUGGCCCAGCAGCAAAAAGGCCUUGUUCAAUCCCUAACUGUGGGAAUACUGAGUCACCUUUUGAUAUGUUAGAUCAAAAAGAAUUUCAAUAUGGUGAGGUUUUUCAUUUCGGUGAGUCUGCACACAUUGAAUUUAAAGAUUUUUCAAGGGAAAAUACCUCAGAAAGGAUAAAGGAAGCAAUUCCAUUAAUAAUGUCUUCCUUUGCAAAUGCAAAUGGUGGGUUUAUAUUUGUAGGUGUCACUGAUUCGAGGGAAGUUGUUGGAUGUAGGCUUGAAGAACCUGAUAGUUUUAUCUCAAACAUCAAAAGAAAACUAAAGAUGGUGCAUAAUUGUUCCUCUCCAAGGGACAUUGAUUACAGACUUAAUGUUGCCAGUGUUAUGAAGGGAUCAGAAGUGGUUGGCUCUUUGAUAAUGUUAUAUGUGAAGCAGUUCUGCUGUGUAGUGUUUGCUGACAAUCCUGACAGCUGGACCGUGGACGAUGACCUCGUUAAGAGAAUGGAAUAUACUAAAUGGGCUAAGAUGUUGUUGGCUAAAGAUCGUGAGAUUGGAAAACUCUGUAUGAAUUUUAAGAAUGAAUUAAAUGUGACUGCAUCACCACCGAGGUGUAAGCCUGUGUUUUCAGUUGGAGGGGAUGACUCUGUGGACAAGCUGGUACAAAGGUUCUACAAAGAUGACUGUAAAUCCUUUUGUGGAAUUAAAACAUUUCCAGACACAGUCCAUAAGGAACUAUUUCGUGGUCAUCCAGGUUUGGAACACCUGCUCCCUGGAAUGAAACCUGGAGGAAGAAAGGGGGUUCUGAUAUUCUCCAGAAGCUGGGCUGUUGAUAUAAACUUACCAAAGCACAAUGGUGUAAUAUGUGAUGCCCUGCUCCUGGCCACGGGUGGAGCUCCACUGCUCUAUACUAUUGUCAGAGAAGAAGAUGAUGCAAUAAUUGAGUAUUCACGAAACACAGCCAUGUCCAUCAAACAAAAGCUGGUGAAUGUGGGUGGAUAUACAGGAAAACUCUGUGUCAUUCCUAAAAUCCUUCACUAUGUAGACCCUGAAAUGGCUAAACAUGGUAAUGCAAGCAGUCAGCAGCAGACUGAGAAUGUGUUACAAGUUCGGUACCCACCAAGUUAUGAAGACUUAACAGAAGAUAACAUCACAAAAUUGCUGAAAGCAGUCACCAUUGUCCUACUUCAAUUCACGUCUGUCCUAACAAUUUCAGAUCCUUCAUUCAAAACACGACAUUGA